AUGCUCACGCUUCAACCUGUUACUCUCCUUCUUCUCUUAUUUACUACCUUCAUAUCCUGCAACGGCGUCGUUUCCGACCCCCAGACCAAUCUUCUCAACUCUGGCUGCUUCCAGUACAACAGAUUCGAUCCUAUGGAUGCUAAUUCCUUCAAUCAAAGCCUAAACGCAGCGUUUGGAGAUCUCAGAGAUCAGAUCGCUAACCAGAGCAAACACGUCGCCAAGGCGCAGCAAGCCAGCGGAGCCACCCCCGUUUUCGCUCUUUUUCAGUGCAGGAGCUAUCUCUCCGUCGCCGACUGUGUCGCCUGCUUCACCGUCGCUGUCGCUCAAAUCCGCAACUGCUCGGCCAACGCUGCUCGUGUCAUCUACGACGGCUGCUUCCUCAGGUAUGAGAGCAGCAAUUUCUUUGAGCAAGCAACAGGGUCUUUCAAUUCUGCAUCAUGUGGAAAUCAGACUCCAGAAGUAGCCACAACAACAUUUAACUCAAUUAUUCGACAAGUGCUAAUGAAUCUUCAAACAGAAACACCCAGAAUCACUGGUUUCUCUGCAGCCACAAAGACGCCAGAAGUGCCUGACAAUAAUAAUAUCAACACAACCAUUUAUGCCUAUGCACAAUGUACUGAAACUAUCUCACAGAGUGGCUGCGAGGGUUGCUUGAAGCAAGGCUACGACACUAUGCAGACUUGCCUUCCCAAUUCAGAUGGGAGGGCUUUUGAUGCCGGCUGUUUCAUCAGAUACUCCACCACUUCCUUCUUUCCUGAUAACCUCACCAUUAUUAAUACCACACCCUUAUCCAAACAAGGUUCCAGAAGC